UAACCAUUCCGAAUAUCCUCUGGUUCGGUCGUCUGCCACAAACACAUCGAUGAGGGUCCGGAGCGCCGUGAGGCGCAUAUGCCGGGACUGCUACGUGGUGAAGAAGAAGGGGGUCGUCUACAUCCGGUGCGACAAGGUUUCCACACCGACGCGGGCGUGCCGGCGUGGCAACAACAAAAAGAAAGGCGGGGGAACCAACGCUGUCGCGGAUUCGGAGCGUUCGCCUGUAGCGAAAACGCACCCGAGGGUGACUCCGCCGCCGGCAGCACUUGGAGACCCCCUCACCCCCUGGCGACGGACGCGCCCGGGGUUUUGGCUAGCUUGCCAUGGCUACCCGCGUGGGCAUCGGUACGAGCUCCUGCCGCUAGGAAGGAAACCCAACAAGUAGAAGUCUCCUCCGACUUGCACUCCGGGCUGGGCGCCCAGUCUGCUCGGCUGACAGCGGGCGGGCUUUCUCCCCUGACAACUCUUAGCGGUUGGAUGGGAUCGUGGAUUCUUGGCUUCAUGCGGAGGAGUGGACCGUAACGUUGUUGCAAAUUAUUCUUCGCCUCACGGCACCCGGCUCGCUCGAUCUCACCAGUUUUGGAUCGUCGUCGUCGUCGUCGUCGUCGUCGUUGUUGUUGUUGUUGUUUGGUGUGGUGCGUUGUUCAUACCUACCACAGCAGUUUGCGGUCCUCAUCGGUCUCAUGGUCGGCGUUAGCGUGAGAGAUGACGGUGGCCGUGGCCAUGGUGUUACUGAAUGCGCAGUGGGGGCUGGAGGAGGAGGCGCGCCAUGCUCCUGUACGGCAGUGCGGUCUGUCGGUUGCCCGUAGAACGUUUGGUGGCUACGUAGUGCGCGCGACGGCGCUUUGGCCGAAAACAGCCGUUAGUCAUGCAGAGGGAAAGGCCGCUGCGGAAGAAAGAAGCCCUCAGGGCACAAACCUUGCAGUCGUUCCUCUGUUCUAGGCGAAUGUGUUUGCGUUUGUGUAUGGUUUAGUCUGGGUUUCGCCGGCGCUGGAUAUGGUCCACCGUGGAAUUUCUGUCCAAGACACCUGGUGCACAUGUGCAGGAGGGGGCACUACUUCUGCCGCCAUGUUGAAGGAUGAGCGCGUCUCCCCAGCUUACGACACUGCCGUACUGCUGUGUAUGCUGGGACGCGGGGGCCACCCGCCGUGUGUGUUUGUGUCUACACGCGAAACGUCUUGUUGGUGUACGUGAUCCAAAUACCGCCAGAGGCAAACAUUGUG